AUGAGCACCACAACAACAUCACAGACCGUCACGGCCCCCGUCAAUGGGGCGGACCGGGAGGCCUUGACCCAGCAGCUUCUCGAAAACGCCGCAAAGCAGCACACAAAGCCCUUGUGGACCCAAAUGACGCGCCUCAACCCUCCGCUGCCCAACCCACGAUGCAUCCCCCAUGUUUGGGAGUACGACAAGAUCCGGCCAGAGCUGGCCCUCUCCGGCGAGCUGGUGACGGAGAAGCAGGCCGAGCGCCGGGUGCUGAUGCUGGUCAACCCGGCGCGCGAGGCGCCCUUCACCACCGACACAAUCUACGGCGGCCUGCAGCUCGUCAUGCCCAACGAGACUGCCCCGGCCCACCGCCACACGGCGUUUGCCUGCCGCUUCAUCAUCGAGGGCACCGGUGGCUUCACCGCCGUGCACGGCCGCCGCAUCCGCAUGCAGCGCGGCGACCUCAUCCUGACCCCGACCUGGAACUGGCACGACCACGGCAAGGACGGCUCCGGCCCCAUGAUCUGGCUCGACACUCUGGACCUGCCCAAUUUUGUGCACUUCCCCGUCCACUUUGUCGAGCACUUUGACCAGCCCAGGUAUCCCGCCCAGGACGUCGACUCUUCCGACUCGCCCAUCGUCUUCCCCUGGGCCACCAUGGAGGCCAACCUGAACGCCAUCAAAGGCGACUGCGUGACGCUGCCAUACCUCAAAGCGGACGGGUCUGAAGUGAGCCGCAUCCUUGGCGCAAGCGCGACGAGACUCGCGCCGGGUGCCUCGUCGCCCCCGGUCAGGGAGACGGCAUCCUCCAUCUACCACGUAGUCGAGGGAUCGGGCUACUCCAUCAUCGACGGAAAGAAGUUCGAGUGGCGCAAGUCCGACACCUUCUGCAUCCCUGCGUGGAACAAAUACCAGCACUUUGCCGACAGCGGGGAGACGGUAUACCUGUACCGCGCCCACGACAAGUCGAUGCUCAAGGCGCUGGGGUUCUAUAGGGAAGAGGGGAUGGAUGUGGAGAGCCUAGUGUCUGACUAA